AGGCCCUCAUUCCUCAACAUGGUGAAGCUAAUAAAUAACAUGGAGAAAAAAAGAAAAAAAAGAAAAAGAAAAGAAAAGCAUAACAAUGAGCUAACCAACCAACGAACACAAACUGCUGACCAUGAUUUUAUGAUUUAACUGAUUUGAGUUGAUUCCCCCAUAACACCCAAAUGUAAGUCAAAACCACCAGUCAAUGAGUCGAAUGAUUGUGUACUUGUCCGAAAAAACCUGAUGACUUCUAAUUCUUUUAUAAAUCGGAAUUCAGCGACCCGCAUUGAGCUGGCAGUCGGCCACUAACUACCAAUCCAACUCAACAACGACGAGCUUUCCACAUCUUUCAUACUCAUGUUCAUCCACUAAUCUCAAGAGCUGCUCUGCUAAUUCCACACUCCUUUACAUCAUCACCGCCUUUUUGUGGGGACUUUCUAAUUUUUAAAUUUUUCCUUUUGAAAGCUCAUCAAUCUAAUAAUUGAUCAAGUAGGAGGAUACUAAAAGGGGGAGGAAACCAAGCAAAAAUCGAACUUUUCAUUAUUAUUAUUAUUAUUAUUGGUUUUUGCUGAUAAAAAUGGAAGUUUCAGAGAAUUCCCAGGUGGAAAAUAGCCAGAAAGACAGCCCAGAUGAUUCAGGAAAAGUUGAAGUGGAAGUGGAAGACGGGGUUGAUUCUGGGGAAGUAAACAAAGAUGGCGGCUCGGCAGAGUGGGCUGUUGAAGUAAGUCAAGAUUGGAAAGAAGGCAAAGAAAACGUGGAGGAUUCAAGAUCUGAUGAUGUCACUGCUGAAGAAGAAAAGGGAAAAGAAGCUGAAAGUUCGAGUCUUUUUACCAGGGUUGCUUCUGAAUUACCAGUUUCAGAUGCUAAAAAUGUUGAGGCAUCUUCAGGGGUUAUUGCUUCUGUGAAAAAAGAACCUGAUGCUGAUCCAUAUGUUCCGACUAGUUCUGGUGGUGUGGAAAUUGGUGCUCCUGAAGUGUCCGAAAUUCCCAGAAAUACCGAAGAUGAUCAGACAUAUACAACUUUGAGUCAUCAAACACGGGCUUCUUGGUUGAAUUGUUGUGGUCUGUUGGACGCUUUCAAGGGUUGGAAUCAGUAAAUUUAGGUGAGCAAGGCUGCUAAUUGAAGAGCUUUAAAGUUUCAUAUUCAUCUCAAUUACUACAAUUGAGUACCAUGUUGUUCAUGUAUAGAAUAAUAUGGUGUUUUAAUUUCCUUGAAAAAUCGACCACUUUAGCAAUAACUGGUUUAGAAAUUUUAGUUUACUUUCGCACUUCAUGGCAAAUAAUAUAUAAGCUUUAUUUCAUGUUCAAUGCUUUGCUGGAACACAGGUCAAGGUGGUUUUGGUUUGCGGGUUGGUGAAGCUUUUGAGAGCCUGGAUUUUCAUUGUUUUUGUUUGGUGAGGAUGCCAUCAACCUAGUUGGUGAUGCUUUUUUUUUUUUUUUUUGUACUUUUAUGAUUGUUUUGAUAUAUGAUUGUGAAAUUGUAAAUGAAAUCACAUUCAAUGACUUGUGGAGUGAGGGUGUAGUUGAGGGCUAAAGAGUAGAGAUCAGAUUAUUCUUCUAUUCAAAACUCCUGCGCGUUUGUUUUUGCUGUGUGAAAAAAUGUUGCAAGCACAAGUAAUUUGUUCAUUUCUUCUCCUCUUCUUGUUUCGGGUUUCAAUCUUUCAUCUAGUGCAACAUACAACCCAAUCAUUUUGGGACGAAAAGAAUAGAACGUUGAAGCAGAAGCCGCGGAAAUGAACAUCUUCUUUGGCUUGAUUACUGAGAUUUCCAAGAGAAAAACAUCGUUUUUGCGGCAAAUUUAUAAGCUGCAUCAAAGGAUGGGCUUCACAAAAGCGGAAAUUCAGAAAGAUAACCUGGCAAAAGCAUCCUUCCCUGUUCCCAGUUCCCAUCCAAAUUGGAUCCUUCCCUUACUGAAACUUGUUGGUUGAAAGAGAUGCAUCGCUUUUUACAAAAUCCCUUCGUUAAAACCUGUUAAAAAAAAAGCAGCUCAUAAGAUGGUGUUAGUUCCGCACUUGGAUAACUAUGAUUUCAACUUGCAAGUUGCUAAAGAUCGCUCCAAAUAAAUCACUCUAUUGUAGCAAGUCUUGGAUCCACCUAAAAGGGACUAAUUUCCAUUUCCCUUGCAAACUUUAGGGGAGUAGUAUACCCUACUAUCUCAAAUGAUUGAAUGAAAAUUUUAGAGUAAUUAUUGGAAAAAAAAAAUGGAUGGAUGUAUUGUGGAAAUUAAAUGACAGCUUGGUUAAGAACUGAUGUUGUACUUCUUGAAGGUAGACUCGAGCACAAUUCCUACU